GCGGGGCCGCGGCCGUGGCGCCAAAACGCGAGCAUGGCGCCGGAGCGGCUGCGGAGCCGCGCGCUGUCCGCCUUCAGGCUGCGCGGCCUGCUCCUUCGCGGUGAGGCGAUUAAGUACCUCACAGAGGCUCUUCAGUCUGUCAGUGAAGUAGAGCUUGAAGAUGCGCUGGAAAAGAUCAUCGACGCGGUUGAAAAGCAGCCCUUGUCAUCAAACAUGAUCGAACGAUCUGCAGUGGAGGCGGCCGUCCAGGAGUGCAGUCAGUCUGUGGAUGAAACUAUAGAACAUAUUUUCAAUAUCAUAGGAGCAUUUGAUAUUCCACGCUUUGUGUACAAUUCAGAAAGAAAAAAGUUUCUUCCUCUUUUAAUGACCAACCACCCUGCACCAAAUUUAUUUGGAACAGCAAGAGAUAAAGCAGAGCUGUUUCGUGAACGAUAUACCAUUUUGCACCAGCGGACCCAUAGACAUGAAUUAUUUACUCCUCCAGUGAUUGGUUCUCACCCUGAUGAAAGCGGAAGCAAAUUCCAGCUUAAAACAAUAGAAACCCUAUUGGGCAGUACAACCAAAAUCGGAGACGUGAUUGUUCUUGGAAUGAUAACCCAGUUAAAAGAAGGGAAAUUUUUUCUGGAAGAUCCCACAGGAACAGUACAGCUGGAUCUUAGUAAAGCUCAGUUCCACAGUGGGUUGUACACAGAGUCAUGCUUCGUCUUGGCAGAAGGUUGGUUUGAAGACCAAGUAUUUCACGUCAGUGCCUUUGGAUUCCCGCCCACUGAACCGUCUAGUAUUACCAGGGCAUACUAUGGAAAUAUUAAUUUUUUUGGAGGGCCUUCUAACACAUCUGUGAAGACUUCUGCAAAACUGAAGCAGCUGGAAGAUGAGAAUAAAGAUGCCAUGUUUGUGUUUCUGUCUGAUGUCUGGUUGGACCAAGUAGAAGUGUUGGAAAAACUGCACACCAUGUUUUCUGGUUAUUCACCAGCUCCUCCAACCUGCUUUAUUCUGUGUGGUAAUUUCUCAUCUGCACCAUAUGGAAAAAAUCAAGUUCAAGCUUUGAAAGAUUCCCUGAAAACUUUGGCAGAUAUAAUAUGUGAAUAUCCAAAUAUUCACCAAAGUAGUCGUUUUGUGUUUGUACCUGGUCCAGAGGAUCCUGGAUUUGGUUCCAUCUUACCAAGGCCACCACUUGCUGAAAGCGUCACCAGUGAAUUCAGACAGAGAGUACCAUUUUCAGUUUUCACUACUAAUCCUUGCAGAAUUCAGUAUUGUACGCAAGAAAUUAUUGUCUUCCGUGAAGACUUAGUGAAUAAAAUGUGCAGAAACUGUGUCCGUUUUCCUAGUAGCAAUUUGGAUAUUCCUAAUCAUUUUGUAAAGACCAUCUUAUCCCAGGGACACCUGACUCCUCUCCCGCUCUAUGUGUGCCCCGUGUACUGGGCAUACGACUACGCUCUGAGGGUGUAUCCUGUGCCCGAUCUGCUCGUCAUCGCAGACAAAUAUGAUCCUUUCACUCUGACCAACACCGAAUGCAUCUGCAUGAACCCGGGCUCUUUUCCAAGAAGUGGAUUUUCAUUCAAAGUUUUUUAUCCUUCCAAUAAGACAGUAGAAGACAGCAAACUUCAAGGUUUUUGAGAUUCUUAAAGACCAUCUGAAGAAGCAAAACUCAUUAAUUUUCUAAUUUUAUAUAAUUUUGACAUUGUUACAAUAAAAUUACGGUAAACUUUAGAAUGUUCUGCUUAAAUUUGUAUUUUAUGAAAUUUUGAUAUUAAGUUAUAAUAAACAUGAGUACACUUUA